AUGGGAAAACGAGACCGUCUUCCGGACUAUCAACUGAAUGUUGCUGAGUCAAACACUGAAACCGAAAAUCUUCCAGAACAAGCUACCGAGCUCGUGCGACGGCUUCAUUCCUUCAUGUCCAUGAACGAAUUGAGACAGAAAUGGGCUCUAGUGACUAUCGCUACAGGCACAGAAGAGUUUUGCAACCACUGUGACACUCCUGAUCACUCAUCUAUCCGACGUGCGCUGGGUAUUCUUCGUAAAGGCAUUCCAAAGCCUUUGUCGUUCUCCUCGGACCAGUACACG